CAUAGCGCACAUAGCCUUAAAAUAUUUAGACAUUAUUUUGACACGAAGACACCAAUUUGUUGAUAUUUUAUUUGAUUCAAAAUUUUCGGCUGUAAACUAAUAGGACGCAAGAGCCUCGCAAUACCAUAAAAAAUAAACCGAACACCAAAAACCGUCAAGGUGGCAUUCAACACAAAUAUGCGAAGAUCGCAAGGGUACAAUUACCAACCGAUACCACAGGGAUCUGCUGGUGGGAGUAAUGAUGUUCUGGAAGAGGAAAACGAACGAUUGGCUGAAGAGCUUCAAGGCAAAAUCGGUGCAUUAAAAUCACUAACCAUCGACAUUGGCAAUGAGGUUCGUUAUCAGGACAAAUUAUUGCGUGGCAUCGACGAUGAUAUGGACAGGACUGGUGGAUUUCUGUCGACCACCAUGUCUCGAGUGAUUCGAUUAGGCAAGAACGGUCAUCAGAAGUAUAUGUGCUACAUGUUUCUGUUUGUGCUGGGAGUGUUUUUUGUGCUGUACAUUACGCUUAAAUUGAGAUAAGUAGAUAGACAAAACAGUGAAAGCAGGCCCAAGAAUUUAGAAAUAUUUCACCAAAUUUUACUUCGAAAUUCACCAAUUUUAGCGAAUUAUUUUUGUGAAAUUUGGUGAAAUUUAGUGAAAAUUUCUCAAUUCUAAGGUCUGAGUGAAUGUGCUGGGUGACGAUAAAAAUGAUGAUGAAAUUUGUGCGAUGAUAAUGGGCGA